AUGGCAACGAAUCUCUACCAAGUCCUCGAUUUGCAUCCCAAUGCAACUCCGGAAGAAAUUCGCAAAGCAUACAAGAAGAAGGCCUUGAAGACGCAUCCUGACCGGCUUGCUCCUGAUGCAUCUCCUGUUGAAAAGCAGCAUUCUGCGGAGAAAUUUCGCCAGGUAAACAAUGCCUACGAGGUCCUUAUCGAUGCCGAGAAACGAAGAAUCUUUGACUUACAUGGCUCGUACCCGCCCCCGGAGGUUCCGCCUCCUCCCCCACCAAGGACCAGACAUGACGGCUAUAGAUCCCAGCCUCGCUAUCGUUCAUCAUCUCCAUCCCCUUAUGAAGAGACGGGUAUUCCAGAUCCAUUUGUGUUCACUGACCCAUUUGUUCUCUUCGAUAACUUUUUCAAUACCCAACCCCACCAUCAUUCGCACGAUUAUGCCCCUCGGCGAAGUUUCACAGAUAACUCGGUUUUUGAUGAUGAUCCAUUUACUUCUAGUCGUCGAAAUGGCAUCAACAUCCUCUUGUCUGGCAUGGGUGGUGGUCUUUUCUCGAUUGGAAGAUCAAUGCAGCAGCACGCCCUCUCACGCCCUGCAGUUGAAACUUCGCGGGCGUCACGUUUCUCGGUAGGCGGUGGUGGUCAGCGACGUUGGACAAGUGAGAGCACUGUGACGCAAACGAUUAACGGUGUGACCCACAGCCAACGCAAGCGACGAGAUUGGGAUGGUAAUGAACAUGUUACUAUAACGUAUCCUGACGGAAGGUCAAUUUACACGCUCAAUGGUGUUGAGCAACCUCAGCCGCAAGCUGUUGAACCUCCAUCUCGUGGUUAUGUUUCGCCUGCGCACCCUAGUAAUGUUCCGCCUCCACCUGUUCUUCAAUCUAGUAUGCCCCCGCCACCGCCAUACUCAACUCGUCCAAAUUCUUAUCAUAAUCCUGGUCAGUACUUGGCAUUAAUGUCUUCAUGAUUUGACGUUGACGCGGGCAGAAGUGAACGCCGGGCCUUCGGCUCCAGACCCAUCCUACUCGGACAGUCAUGAAACUGCGCACACACGGUGGCGACACGGCCAUUAAUGAGGGUGUCCAGACAUCUCCUUUCACCCUGUUGUACACGCGUUGAACUUGCUCUUUGUUAUAUGUACGAUCACUGGAAUUUUUGGAUACGUUACCUAACUACUGCUCGCUUCCUUCAUGACUAACCAACCUACAUUUUGUAUUUGCGUUUCAUUGUACUUAUAUCUGUCUGCUUUUGUAUGACGUUCAUAGUUGAUAUAUGUUCCUCCGUAAUAUUUGGUCUAGUGAGAGAGUGUGUAGGUAGCUGAAUUAGGAACAUAUAGGUUGCACAAAAGCAGGUUUAUGUAAUAUAAGUUGGAGCCAUCGGGCACCCAAGCGCCGAUGGAAUGAGGAUGGCGGAUCCGGACUUAUGAUUACGCUUCAAGAGUCAAUAA